AUGCCUCCGCCAGAACAAGGGAAAGAGACUGCGUCUGGCAGUCACCGGCGGUUUCCGACGCUCGUCAUCGAGGCGGUCCGGGAGAUGGGGAGUCCGCACGGCUGCUCCGCCAAGCAGAUUCUCGACCACCUCAAGAAUGAGUCCUCCGACAAGGAUGAGGUGGAUAAGACGCUCCUAUUGUUGGCCUUGAAGAGAGGCACCAAGGCUGGCACCCUGGUUUGCCGUGGCGGCCGCUACCGACUGAAGGCGGACGAGCUAGCCUGCCGGAGGCGACGCAGGAGCUGCCGCAGGCGUCGCCGCAGCUGUCGUAGGCGUCGCCGCAGCUGCCGGAGGCGACGCCGCCGCAGCUGCCGGAGACGACGCCGUCGCAGCUGCCGCAGGCGACGACGCCGCAGCUGCAGGCGCAGGAGGCGCAGGAGAAAGCGCCGUUGCUCCGCUGACGACGACUGGUCGGAGGCGGCGUCUCUGGCCGGCAAGAGAGCGGACGGCGGCGAGGCGGGCGUCGGGGGCGCGCAGGACGCCGGCGGGCUCGUGCAGAAGGCGCAGGUCGACUAG